GCUUUAUUUACUGACCAUAUUUUUAUCAGACAUCAGCCUCUUUGUUUAUUCAGCUUAUCAGUUUAAAUUUUAUCUCGCUGUUUCAAAAAUAAACUGGUCUAUUUAAUUUUUUUUUUUUUUAAUAGAUGGAAUCAUUAAAAUUCAUUUUAAAAUAAGUCAAUAUUUCAUUCAGGGUUGUGGCUAUGAUAAAUGGUUGCUUGGGCCAAGAAGCUGAUUCCUUGAGAAGACUACCAACUGUCAUUGGAUUAAAGCAAGAAUGAAUGUUAUGUUUUCUUUGAAUAACACAAUAGUGCCACCUCACAACAUGAACAGCACUGAAGUAAGACACAACUCUCUUCCUGUUCUCCAUGUCAGAGGAUCAUACUAUGAAGUUGGGUAUAAUGUGGGGCGUACUUUUUGUGGACUGAUAAAAACUCUUUUGGAUACUCAUCCCUCUUUAAAUAAAGUAUAUAUCCCUUUAUACAAUACAAAUAAUGGCCGAGAGAUAUAUGACAAGACGUAUCAAACUGUUAUGAAAUAUUAUCCUCAAUACAUAAGAGAAAUGGAAGGUAUGUCUGAUGGAGCUGGUGUCCCCUUUUACAAGCUUUUUCUGCUUCAUUUGGAUGAUAUUUUACCAGUUUGUGUAGGAAAAAUGAACCAAACAAAUGGUUGCCAUGGUUGUUCUACUGUUUGUCUGAAUGAGGAACACGCUGAAAUGAUAGGCCAUACCGAAGAUGCUUUGAAAGAAGUACUAAACAAUAUUUAUAUUGUAAAAGCUCAUAUAACUGAAUCACAGCCUGAAGAAAUAUUUACUGCAUUUUGCUAUGCUGGUCUUCUUCCUGGUUAUGCAAUGGGGUUUAAUAAUCAUGGUUUGAUUUACUCGAUCAAUAUCAUAGGUGCUAAGCAUUUGGGUAAAGGCAAACUACCGAGAGCUUUUGUUGCUCGUGCCUUGCUCACUGCUUCUUCUUUAGAAACUGUCGAAGAUAUCUUGAGAUGUAAAGGUUGUGGGAUUGGUGAUGCUAUGAGUGUUAACCUUACUUUUUUAAACCAGCAAGGAGAUCGUUUAUUUCACAAUAUUGAGGUAUCUCCCACAUUUCCCAUAUCUGAUGAAUCAGCUUUAAGUGUGAUGACGAUUAGUCCAGGAGAAGUUAUGUUCCAUGCCAAUAAAUUCCUACGUCUUCAAAUACCAGAACUUGAAGGGGAUAUGAAAGACAGCAGUACAGCAAGGCAUGAAACAAUGAAGAAACACACCAUAAUUAAUAAUAAGUGUGUUUUAAAUUUACUUGGAGAUACUACACAUAAAAAAUAUGACAUCUUUAGAUCUGUGGAAAAUGUCUGGACAGUCGCAGUAGGUAUAUUUGACUGUCUGGCACGGACAUGGAGUAUAUAUCUGGAUAAUCCCAAGUUGAGUGACCCCAUUGCUGUACUGCCAUUGGACUAUUAACAAUAGACUAAAUUAGACUAAACAUUUGAAAAUUUAAUUUUGUUUUAUUGUUAUUUGACCUUGUUCCUUACUUAAUUAAAUGUUAAUUUAUGUAAAUUUUUAAUGUUGUCCUGUUAAUUUAUAGAUGGUUAUGCUUUCAUAUUAGAGAUUAAAAAAAAAAAAAGAUAUAGUUUUUGAAACUCAAAUAAAAUAUAAUUUAUUCUAACUAGUUUUUUUAUUUGAUUCAAAAACUGAUCCCAUAACCCUUUUAUGAAAAUAGUCUUAUACUGUAAACCUUAC